AUUUCUAUAUUCAACAUGAUUAGAGUAGGUUUGAUCCUGUGUUGUAUCUUCAUUGCUGGAGUGUUUGAAGCCAGUUCUGCUGAUGACAUGCUUACAGCACAUAAUUUGAUUAAAAGAUCUGAAGUUAAACCUCCUUCAUCCUCAGAAUUCGUAGGCUUAAUGGGACGUUCAGAAGAGUUGACACGACGAUUAAUUCAACAUCCUGGUUCUAUGUCUGAAACAAGUAAGAGAAGUCCACCGAAAAAAGUUUCCCGUCGUCCAUAUAUUCUUAAGAAAUGAAUGUUAGCAAAAUAUUUCAGACAGAUGGACUAGUGUUUGCGAGUGCUCGAUUACGCCAGAGGUGAGGAAAAACAGACACAGAAUAAUUAAGACAGCACUCAUUGCCGAAGAGUGAUCUUUUCUUGAUGUUCCUGGAUGAAUGUAUAGAGAAUAUGCCCGAUCUAUUCAUUCGGUACUAUUACAAAAA